AUGGCGCCGCGCGCCGCCCCCAAGAUGGGAUCAACGGCCGGCAGAUCGCCUGUGGCGCCGGGUGCCAGGGCGAGCGGAUUCGCGGGCGCGAGGCUGAGGGGAUGCGGCCCGGGGGCCGCCAGGGAGGGUCGGGCUGCUCGGCUGGCCGUGAUGGCCUUCCGGGACGGGGAGAAGAUGGAUCGGCCGCUGCGCGUGGCGGUGGUGGGCGGCGGGCCCGCGGGGGCGUGCACAGCCGAGACGUUGGCGCAGGGCGGCGUGGAGACGUACCUGAUCGAGAGGAAGAUGGACAACUGCAAGCCAUGUGGUGGUGCCAUUCCUCUGUGCAUGGUUGACGAGUUCAGCCUGCCCCCUGAGAUCAUCGACCGCAAGGUCACAAAGAUGAAAAUGAUCUCACCAUCGAAUCGUGAGGUGGAUGUCGGCAAGACGCUGAGCGAGACCGAGUACAUCGGCAUGUGCCGGAGGGAAGUCCUGGACAACUACCUGAGGAAGCGAGCCAAGAGCAAUGGUGCGACGCUCAUCAACGGGCUGGUGAAGAAGGUGGUCGUGCCAGAUGACCCCACGGGGCCAUUCAAAGUGUUGUACAACAACUACGAUGGAGAUGGCGGCAAGGGCAAGGUGGGUGAGCCAGGGGAGAUAGAGGUUGACUUGGUCGUUGGUGCGGACGGCGCCAACAGCAAGGUGGCGGGCGCUAUCGAUGCCGGGGAGUACGAUUAUGCGAUCGCAUUCCAGGAGAGGAUUAGAAUCCCCGACGACAAGAUGGACUACUACAAGGACCUGGCUGAGAUGUACGUUGGUGACGAUGUGUCACCUGACUUCUAUGGCUGGGUGUUUCCCAAGUAUGACCAUGUUGCUGUGGGCACGGGAACUGUCAUCAACAAGACCAAGAUCAAGAAGUACCAGCAGGCCACCCGCGAUCGGUCACGCGUCAAGACUGAGGGCGGCAAGAUCAUUCGCGUGGAGGCCCACCCCAUCCCCGAGCACCCACGCCCCAACCGCGUCAAGGGUCGUGUGGCACUGGUGGGCGACGCUGCGGGCUACGUCACCAAGUGCUCUGGCGAGGGAAUCUACUUCGCAGCCAAGAGCGGCCGGAUGUGCGCGGAGGCCAUUGUUGAGGAGAGCGAGAGGGGCACGAGGAUGGUGGGAGAGGCGGCGCUGCGGCUGUACCUGGACCGGUGGGACUCCAAGUAUUGGGCCACGUACAAGGUGCUCGACAUCUUGCAGAAGCUCUUCUACAGGUCGAACCCUGCUCGCGAGGCCUUUGUGGAGAUGUGUGAAGAUGACUACGUCCAGAAGAUGACGUUCGACUCGUAUCUCUACAAGACAGUCGUGCCGGGCAACCCCUUGGAUGACGUGAAGCUCCUGGUCAACACAGUCGGGUCCCUAAUUAGGGCAAACGCUCUGAGGCAAGGCAAGGGCCUCAACAUCUCCUUUGGCAGCAAGCCCAACGAGGAACGCGCUGUGGUCUGA